AUGUCGGGUCAACUCCUUUCCAUUACUCUUGCUCAGGCUAUCACUUAUCUCACUCGACCUCUUACCGUUACGCACCCUGCUGCGACCAUGAACAAGCUUCAGUCUGUGCUUGAGGCGAACUUGACUGCACUGUUCGCCCCGACAUGGACCCCCAAGGAACCACUUCGUGGUUCCGACCAGCGUUGCCUCACUCUCUCCCCUAAUUGCCUCCCUCCACGUGCCAUAUAUACCGCAUGCCUUGCAUCCAGUGUUCAUUGGUUCGACUGGAUUGCAGCCUUGGGCGGACGUGAGUUCGACUUCCAUGUCGAUCCAGGAUGCAUCUCUGUGCAGUUCGGGAGGGGUACCAAACUCAUUACGAUCUGGGCGGGGGAGCCGAUGGCUAAGGCUGUCCAGCUGCCACCCAACAACUCAAGGUCUAAGACACUUGCCCAGCAGCUCUGGGAAAAUGACCGCACAGAAGAUGAAGAACUUUUUGCCCUGAUCGCUGACGAAAUCAAUGCACCCACUUGGAUGACCCCUGUUGUUAACCGUUUCCCUGCUCCUGCACGUUCUGAAUCGCCUCUUUCUGCUGUAUCUACCGAUUCGUGCUCGAGCUACUGCUCGUCUGACUUGUGCUUCUGUUUCUCUGCCACGGCUACCUCGUCUAAGAAGAGCAACAAGCAGUCAUCCCAACUUACGCGCCGCGAGAAGGCAAGGCGGGCUUGUGUCUUUGUAGACACCUCCAAGACUGAAGUUACCCCCUACGACGGUGGCAAGACCACUGUCCUGACCGGUGGUGUGAUGCUGGGAGCUGUACCUCCCAAGGGCAAGAGCCGCCCGUCUACUUCUUGGCGUCGCACGUAA